CCAGUGCAUUCUGUCUUAGGGAUUUGGUCAGUUAGAUUGUUAAUCUUGUGCAAUAUAGACGCACUUCUAAAAAGAGUUCUUAGUUUCAAAAGUGAGAGAUCUUUAGAAUUAAAAAAAGAAAUAUGCAACUAAAGGAAAGAAAUUGGAAGAAAACUCUCAAAUGGUGUAUUGGAAUAUUUAUCUUCGGCAUAAUGUUCGGUUGGGUCCUUUUUCCAUCGCUCCUGAAAAAAGCCAUUCGAUCUAAUACUGCCUUGAAACCAAAUUCGCGAAUCCGUGGAAUGUGGACCAAUAUUCCAUUUCCCCUAGAUUUUCGUGUGUAUCUCUUCAAUGUGACUAAUCCUAAUGAAGUGAUGCAAGGGAGAAAACCUAAAGUCCAAGAAGUAGGUCCAUAUUUUUUCCAAGAGAGGAAAUCGAAGAUCAACAUGAAGGACCAUGAAGAAGAUGACACUGUGACCUUUAACGCUGUAGAUACCUUUUUCUUUGAUCCAUCCAAAUCAGAGGGGCUUACCGGAGACGAAAUUAUCAUGUUCCCCCACAUUUUCCUUGUUGCCAUGGCAGUUAGUGUGGCCAGAGAUAAAGCUCCAAUGCUCCCAAUGGUGAAGGAUGCUAUUAAGUACAUGUUCCACGAACCCAACUCAGUCUUUUUCCCCGUUCGUGUCAUGGAUUUGCUCUUCGAUGGAAUUGGGAUUGACUGCAGUUCUGAGGAAUUUGCUGCCAAAGCCGUCUGCACAGCUCUAGAGACCGAACCAACCAUCGAUAAAUACAACGACACAACCUUUAUGUUCUCUAUUUUUGGACCGAAAAAUGCAACGCCCACAAAAACAUUCAAAGUCUACCGAGGGAUAAAGAACAGCAAGGAUCUGGGGCGUGUGGUGAUGUAUGAUGAUGAGCCUGAGAUGGAUUUGUACGAUGAUGAGAAUUGCAAUCAGUACCGUGGAACAGAGGGUACUAUUUUCCCGCCAUUCAUGACGAAGGAGCAAGGGGUUUGGGCAUACACCCCAGAUAUUUGCCGAUCCAUGCCAGCCACUUACGAAAGACCAUCCUCCUAUGCGGGCAUCAAAACAUCCCGAUUCACCCUGAGUUUUGGUGAUCACAAGGCUGACGAGAGCCUGCACUGCUACUGUCGCGAUCCACCUGAUGGUUGCCCACCUUAUGGCGUUGUGGAUUUCUCAAUCUGCCUCAACGGAGCUCCACUCCUCGGAUCCCUGCCGCACUUCUACGAUACCGACCCGGCGGUGCAGCAGAAAGUUAUCGGACUCCAUCCAGAUCCGGAUAAACAUAAAAUUUUCUUGGAGUUUGAUCUUUUCUCGGGAUCUCCACUGGCAGCAGCCAAAAGGAUGCAGUUCAACAUCCAGAUGAUGCCCAUUCCUGAGCUGGAAUUUAUGAGUCGCUUAGACGAGUAUAUUCAUCCGCUGUUCUGGGUGGAGGAGAGCGUUUAUCUCAACAAAACGUUCACAAAUGAAGUGAAAUAUGGACUUGUGCUUUCGAGAAAGAUAAACUGGCUCAUCCGAUGGGUUUGCGUGCUCGUUGGAUUAUUUGGAGGUGGAACAGCUGGAUAUAUGAUGACGAAGGGUACUCCCCCGACGGAAGUCACUCCAGUUGAGGAGAAUGAUGAGAAGAAUGGAAAGGUGGCUGGAAGUCUGACUCUACCACCUGUGGAACAGCCCUCAGGUGGCUUGAGCAACUAUCACAGGAAUAUAACAGUGUCCACGAUAGAUAAUGAAGUAGAACGUUACUGAAAAUUCAUGGGAUUUCCUUCUCUCUUGUCUGAAUUUUCCGUCAGCAAGUUUUUCCCUCCCAUGUGACACACAUAAAUUGCACGAGAUUAUUGAGAUGAAAAUUUGCUCUCGAUUUAUGUUGAAAUGUGCAAUACUGUGCGGGAUUUCUUAACGAUGAAUCUGAGCCUUAAUCGUUUACGAGCUUAAUUGAAUAAUCGACUGGAUAUUAUGUCACUGUUUGCGACAUGAACGACAACGUCAAUAAUUUCAGUCUGCAAAUAACAUUCAAAUCAUUCUAUCGCUAGGGUUGACAUGGUCCAAAUUGAGCACAUCUUUUUCAUCAACACGGAUGUCAUGUCCAGAUCCCUUACUUCAGUGGUGGAGGUUUAGACAAGAGAGGAAAAUUUCAAUUGAAAUUCAGUUUUAAAGUCUCGGACAACAAAAUCAGGAAACAUUGUAAUGUAGCAUAGAAAUGAUAGAAUCCUGAACAUCUUUUCUUUUUGCACCUUCAACGAUAUUUUAAUAAAUGUUUCGCUGGGAAUUUUUGAAAUAAAUGUUACACAAGAUGUAG